ACAAUUUGUUUGCCUAUGAAAACAGCUGGAAUCAGAUUUAACACACAAACUCUUCUCCGUUUUGCUAAUGGAUUUUCCCGGGCGGGCAUUGGCAUAUGCUGCCUUGUCCUCUCCACAGAAGCCGUUGGCCGGAAAUGGCGUGGCCAAGUAGGCCAAUAUGGGUUUUUCUUCUUUGCAGCAGAGUCCCCAAGGUGGCUUCUUCGCAGAGGUCGAAGUGAGGAAGCUCUUGAAGUGUUGAAAAGAUAUGCAAGAAUCAAUGGGAAGGAAUUGCCUCUAAAUAUCUCUCUCCUAGAACCAUCUGGCAAUGAGAAAAACUUGGCUGCAGGUGAAGGAGAAAAUAACACCUCCACCAUUGAGAAACUGUGGAAUACUAGAUGGGCUGCCAAGAGGAUGUCCAUGGUCAUGCUCACAGGUUUUGGGAUUGGUUUCGUGUAUUAUGGGGUUCAACUCAAUGUUGAGAACCUCAACUUCAACCUCUAUUUCGCCGUUGCCAUAAAUGCAAUGAUGGAGAUUCCAGCCGUUUUCAUAGGCAGCGUGCUGUUGAUGAAAUUUUAUUAAACCACCUGGAAUGCAUAUGAUAUAUCUUCCAUAUUCUGAUGAUAUCAGACCUGUUGAAGAGCUUCACACUGAUACAAAUCCCAUGGCACCUCGAGCAACUGAAGACCAAAUAAAGAGCGCCUCUUUGUUAGUGAAGCGUGUUGAUCUAAAAAACUUUUCAGUUUGCCAAUUUGCGAAGCCUGG